AUGUCUGGAGAAAAACGUAGCCUAAAUUGGUUACCUUCGGAAAAGAGUGGAGGACCAGCAAAGCCAAAGAAAGAAGAUUCUCUAGAUUCCAAAAUCAUAUUGUUAAUUAAAACAAGUGCUGUUGGACUUUUCAACCAUUUUGACAGUGACAGUGUUGCCCCAGAUAGCUUAGAAAGGCAUAAUUUCACUGAGGCUCAAGUUAUUUUACCAGAGGAGCCAGAAUUAUGUAAUAAAGACAAAAUAACGGCGUCUCAAUUUGAAAAACAAGAUACAAUUGAAUAUCUUGAACCUAUCAAAGAUAUAAUCAAUGAUAGUGAAAAUAUUCCAUCGAACCACUUACCAGAACAAGUGUCUGUAAUGUUGAAAACAGAAUAUUCCGUAAAUGGUCAAGUUCAAGCCACCGUCCUGCCUGCAAAUCGAGUUAAAAUUUUAGAACCUGGCGAUGUCUACCAAACUCCUAAGCUCAUAUUGCCCGCUAUCGAGCGAAAAUUUUGA